CUAUAUGGUCGUGUAUGGUGAAGAGAGUUAUGAUUCGAUCUGUUUCAGUGCCAAUAAAAGCAGGUCCGUUGUUGCUUCGAAAUAUUAUUACAAAAUACUCCGAAAUGACCCCCGCCGUUAAGGCCGCCCUAAUCGACUUGAGCGGGACGCUCCACGUCGAAGAUCAACCUACGGAUGGUGCAGUGGAAGCACUUGAAAGACUACGAGGACUGGGAGUUUCGAUCAAAUUCGUUACGAACACCACGAAGGAAAGCGUUUCCUCGCUGUACGCGCGGCUGAUCAAGAUUGGUUUCCACCUAGAUCAAAACGAGAUCUAUAGCUCGCUGACGGCCGCGUCCCGUUUCGUACAGAGUAAUGCCCUCAAUCCGUACUACAUCCUGACGGAUGAUGCGAGAAAGGAUUUCCCGGUGAACGAUAACGCCCGAGACUACGACUCCGUCGUGGUUGGUUUGGCGCCAGAACGAUUCUCGUACGAGUAUCUUAACGAGGCAUUCAGAAUAUUGCACAACAGCAAGGGAGCAGCCCGAUUGGUGGCCAUCCACGAAGGGAAGUUUUACAAAACCAAUCAGGGCAUUUCCUUGGGACCGGGGUGUUUCGUGAAAGGUCUGGAAUACAGUACAGGGGUGAAGAGUGUUUGUAUUGGGAAGCCCAAUGAGUAUUUCUUUCGGUCGGCCAUGCCAGAUGGUUUGAAACCGGAAGAAUGCGUAAUGAUUGGAGAUGAUCCAAACGAUGACUGUUUCGGAGCGAUGGCUAUUGGCAUGAAAGGCUUUCUGGUUGAGACGGGAAAAUUUCAACCUGAACUGUAUGAAAAAGAUGCUCUUCCAAAAGUUAGUGGAAUAUUUAAGAACUUUGGUGCAGUCGUUGAUCAUUUGAGUGGAAUGCUGAAUCAAUAAUUUGUAGUAUCCCGGAGUGAACUUUAGGGCUAAAAUAUGCUUAGAGUAAAUAAAAUCACAUAGAUAACA